AUGAUUACCGGUACUUCUCAAGCCGAUUGUGCCAUCCUUAUCAUUGCUGGUGGUGUCGGUGAGUUCGAGGCUGGUAUCUCCAAGGACGGUCAAACCCGUGAGCACGCUCUUCUUGCUUUCACCCUUGGUGUCAGACAACUUAUUGUUGCUGUCAACAAGAUGGACUCCGUCAAGUGGUCCGAGGCCCGUUUCGAGGAAAUCGUCAAGGAGACCUCCAACUUCAUCAAGAAGGUUGGUUACAACCCCAAGACUGUUGCUUUCGUCCCCAUCUCUGGUUGGAACGGUGACAACAUGAUUGAGGCCUCUACCAACUGUCCUUGGUACAAGGGAUGGCAAAAGGAGACCAAGGCCAGUGGUGUCGUUAAGGGUAAGACCCUUCUCGAGGCCAUUGACUCUAUUGAGCCUCCUGUGAGACCUUCCGACAAGCCCCUCCGUCUUCCCCUCCAAGAUGUUUACAAGAUUGGUGGUAUCGGAACUGUGCCCGUCGGUCGUGUUGAGACUGGUGUUAUCAAGGCCGGUAUGGUUGUUACCUUUGCCCCCGCUGGUGUCACCACUGAAGUCAAGUCCGUCGAGAUGCACCACGAGCAACUUGUUGAGGGUCUUCCCGGUGACAACGUUGGUUUCAACGUCAAGAACGUUUCCGUCAAGGAAAUCAGACGUGGUAACGUCUGUGGUGACUCUAAGAACGAUCCUCCUCAAGGAUGUGCUUCUUUCAACGCCCAAGUUAUCAUCUUCAACCACCCUGGUCAAAUCUCUGCUGGUUACUCUCCAGUCUUGGAUUGUCACACUGCCCACAUUGCCUGUAAGUUCGCCGAGCUCAUUGAGAAGAUCGACAGACGUACUGGUAAGAAGACUGAGGACUCUCCUAAGUUCGUCAAGGCCGGUGAUGCUGCCAUCGUUAAGAUGAUCCCCACCAAGCCCAUGUGUGUUGAGGCCUUCACUGAGUACCCUCCUCUUGGUCGUUUCGCCGUCCGUGACAUGCGUGUCACUGUCGCCGUCGGUGUCAUCAAGUCUGUUGACAAGUCUCAAGCUGCUGGUAAGGUUACCAAGUCUGCUCAAAAGGCUGCCAAGAAAUAA